GCGUACGUUUCCAAUUUCCUCGCUCACAUCAAAAAACCCGGUUCACUUCUUCUUCUUCUUCUUCUUCUUCUUCACCAAAACUUAGCGUCAACGACUCUUCACGACUACAGAGAUGGACCGACCCGACUCCUCCGACUCCUCCCGGCCCGUACUCUCCGACCGGGUCCUCAUAAACGGCGCCGUAACGCCGGUCACGUUCUUCGCCGACGGCGUGCUGCGGUGGACGGAGAGAGGCGAGAGGAGCUUGAUCGUCGAGAAGGAGGUCCUCUGGGUCAAAGUGGAGGGUCCGAAGAUCAGAAUCGGAACUCUGGUCGACGGCGGAGGUGGAAUCUGCUGCGUCGGCAGUAGCGGAGGAGGUCUGGUCAGGAAGGACUUGGUGUUCGAGCCUUUAUCAGAAGACUCGCAGAGGCUCUGGUGCCAGAAGCUUCUCGAAUUCAUCGAUUCUCUCGGACGGCCGAAGAGGUUGUUUGUGUUUGUGAAUCCAUUUGGAGGGAGCAAAUCUGCUUCGAAGAUUUUUGUUGAUGAAGUGAAGCCGCUUUUUGAUGAUGCUGGUGUUCAGUUUACACUGCAAGAAACUCAGUAUCAACUGCACGCGAAGGAAGUUGCGAAAACUCUAGAUCUUUCGAAGUAUGAUGGCAUUGUUUGCGUCAGUGGGGAUGGAAUCUUGGUUGAGGUAGUAAAUGGACUUCUUGAGAGACAGGAUUGGGACACUGCAAUAAAGAUGCCUCUCGGAGUAGUUCCUGCAGGUACUGGAAAUGGAAUGGCGAAAUCUCUUCUAGAUUCUGUUGGUGAACCUUGUAAAGUAUCAAAUGCUGUUCUCGCCAUUAUUAGAGGACAUAAGCGUUCACUGGAUGUAGCUACCAUAUGGCAGGGGAAGACAAAAUUUUUUAGUGUGUUGAUGCUCGCAUGGGGCUUAGUAGCAGAUGUUGACAUUGAGUCUGAAAAGUAUAGGUGGAUGGGAAGUGCUCGUCUAGAUUUCUAUGCCAUUCAACGAAUUGUGCAUUUGAGGCAAUAUAACGGAUCUAUUUCUUUUGUGCCUGCACCUGGCUUCGAAGGGUUUGGAGAGCCUACUAGUUACAAUGACGAUGAUGAAUCUACUAACACUGAUCCAAGUCAAGAAAAGCCUACUAAGGUUCGACAACUCGGCUAUGAGGGACCUGAUAUUAAUCUAAAGAACAUGAACUGGAGAACAAUCAAAGGACCGUUUGUUUCAGUGUGGCUUCACAAUGUACCUUGGGGAGGUGAAGACACAAGGGCAGCUCCUGAUGCCAAGUUCUCAGAUGGUUAUCUAGACGUUAUAAUUAUGAGGGCUUGCCCAAAAUUGUCCUUGCUCUCGUUAAUGACGGGGUUGAGCACUGGGACUCAUGUCAAGUCACCAUAUGUGCUAUACUUCAAGGUGAAAGCUUUCAUUCUAGAGCCUGGUGCUCUCGCUGAUGAUUCAACAAAGGAAGGGAUAGUGGACUCAGAUGGUGAGGUCCUUGCUAGGGGCAAAGGAGCAUACAAAUGUCAUCAGAAAACACUAAUGGUGUACGAUAAACUUCAAAUAACUUUGGAUCAAGGUUUAGCCACUCUGUUUUCCCCUUCCCCGGUGUAACAUAUACAUUUUAUAUGGAUUUGAUUUUUCGUCACACAGAGAAAUACCACACAUGAUAGUCGUAUUUGUUCAUUCUACCCUACAUAUAAGGCCUCAACAACAAAUUAGAAUAUUAGAUCAGACAAGGGAUCGAGUUAACAUUCCUUGGGAACUUGCUUGCUGAAAAAAUAAUAUGCAGGUCAUGUUUGAAGAUUUUGCUUUGA